AUGAUCAACCUUGUCCAGAACAAGAUGUUCCAUGGAUUGCCAAGUGAAGACCCCAUUGACCACCUUGAUGAGUUUGAUAGGCUUUGUGAUUUGACAAAGAUCAAUGGUGUCUCUGAAGAUGCCAUCAAGCUGAGACUCUUUCCUAUGUCUCUAGCUGACAAAGCUCACCAAUGGGAGAAGAGCUUGCCCCAUGGCACAAUCACCACUUGGGAUGAAUGCAAGAAGGCCUUUCUUGCUAAGUUUUUCUCCACCGGUCGCACAGCCAAGCUUAGAGGAGAGAUAUCCAGCUUCAUCCAGCGAAACAAUGAGACAUUCGCAGAGGCUUGGGAGAGGUUCAAAGGCUACACAAGUCAGUGCCCACACCAUGGAUUCAACAAUGAAUCACUACUCUCCACUCUUUAUAGAGGAUGCUUGCCUAGGUAUAGGGAGAUGCUAGACACAGCUAGCAAUGGGAACUUCCUCAACCAGGAUGUAGAUGAUGGCUGGCAACUUGUGGAGAACAUAGCUAACUCAAAUGGAAGCUAUGGAGAAGAGUAUGAUCGCACCAACCGGAGCUCGACCCACCACUCGAUCGAGUCAGACGAAAAGUUGAGAAAAGAUGUUAAGGCAUUGAAUGAGAAGUUGGAUAAGCUGAUCCUAGCUCAGUCCACAAUGAAGAAAGUCAACUUUGUGUCUGCUGAGGAGAUGGAACCAGUCCAAGAAGGGGAGGAUACACAAUUUGCUGAGGUGUGCUACAUGAGCAAUGGGCAAGGAGGUUACAACAAAGGAUACUAUAAUUACAAGUCCAACCCUGCCAUGUCAUACCGCAACACUGAUGUUGCUAACCCUCAGGACCAAGUCUAUCCUCAACAACAAGCAGCUCGAUCGAGUCAAGGCUUCCCCCACCAACCACCCCAGCCUGCACCUUCACAAGAGAAUGAGCUCAAGGCAAUGCUAAAGCAACUACUUCAAGGGCAAGCUGAUGGGCAAGGACAACUACCUGGUAAAGCUAUUCAGAACCCCAAGGAACAGUGCAAGGUCAUCUUCACUCAAGAAGGACUUGUUGAAGAAGAGGAUCAAGAAAGGGUCAUUGAAGAUUUUUGUUUACUGCUGAAUGAUGAAGAGAUUGUUGCUGCUGAGGCUCCUGGAGUCCAGAUUGAUCAACCAGAAGUGCAGGCACCUACUGUGGCCAUUCACACUUCACCAGUUGAGCUCGCACAACAAGCUCGAUCGGCAGCUCGAUCGAGUCCGACCUCUUCUGUCCGAAGCCUGUUUUGCUUGAUCCUUACCAACCGGUUGCCGCUUCCUCGUCUCGCCUACUUAGUCAAGGUCACAAGGAAGUGA